AUGGGAAUUAAAGAGAAAUUGGCUCCAUGUCGACUCGGCGAGCUGCAGCUAUUUGUGAGCCGUUUGCAAAACCACUCGGUCGACGGUGUAGGCAACCCAACUGCGCCCAUAAGAACUUGUUGUAGUCUCGAGACUCGGGACACGUGUUGGGACAGCAACAGCAUCUACGGAAAUCACCUACGACCACACGAAAACUAUGGUAUUAUAAAUAAGCCUGCGUGGGCCAAUAAAACCCUGACACGUAUCCGCUACCCUCGCGAUCAGUUCCCUGAAAAUCCCAUUUGCUAG